AUGUCGCACGCCCUGCAGAAGAGAGUCGGGUGGCUGUUGGGCAGUAGGCGACAGCGGUGGCCAUCCAGUAGCCCGUCUGGGCAGCCCUGUGCCGAGCUCAGUGACAAGGUCCAGGGCAGGCUGAGGCGGUGGCGCUGGUGUUUCAGGAGAGGCGGCAGCGGCCCGCGAGAGCAGCUGAGGCGGACUGCUCUUGUGGUUACUACAAGCCAUGAGGCCGAUGUGGAUGAAGACAGUCUGCGCUUGCAGGAGAGGUUGGAGAGGGCUGAAGUGGAGCUGCGGGAGGUAGAAGAACACUAUUGUAAGUCUAAGCAUUUUCCUCAUGACUUGAAGAUUGCAUUGGAUGAUAAGGACAGAGAAGAGCUGGCUGCUGUCCAGGAACUGCAGGACCAGCUGUUGGCAUAUUUGGAGAAUCAGGAUACUGUGAAAAGACUGCAAGAACACAUGCAAUGCCUUGAAAUUGAAAACACCAGAUUGGAAGCCACUGUCCAGCAACAAAGUGACAGGAUUGAAGCCCUGCAGGGAGACCUGCAAGCCUCUGCCUCAUUGUGGGAAGUGGAAGAAAAAUACCGAAAUUCCGAGUGUUGUGUUCACAACUUGAUGGCUACCUCCAAUGAUAAGGACAGACAAGAGCUGGCUGCUGUCCAGGAACUGCAGGACCAGCUGUUGGCAUAUUUGGAGAAUGAGGCUACUGUGAAAAGACUGCAAGAACAUGUGCAAUGCCUUGAAAUUGAAAACACCAGAUUGGAAGCCACUGUCCAGCAACAAAGCGACAGGAUUGAAGCCCUGCAGAGAGACCUGCAAGCCUCUGCCUCAUUGCGGGAGGUGGAAGAAAAAUACCAAAAUUCUGAGCGUUGUGUUCAGAACUGUAUGGCUAUCUCGGAUGAGAAGGAAAGAGAAACAACAGCUUCUGCCCUGAAACUGCAGGACCAGCUGUUGGCAUAUAUGGAGACUGUGAAACAGCUUGAAGAACACGUGCAACGCCUUGGAUUUAAAAAUACCAGUUUGGAAGCCACUGUCCAGCAACAAAGCAACAAAAUUGAAGCCCUACAGAGAGACCUGCAAGCCACUACCUCUGCACAGGCAGCCACUCAGGAGUUCAUAAAACAAAGCAGAGCCAGUCAUCAUGAUUCACUGACCAACCAGCUAAAAGACAGAAUUAAAGAUCUUGAAUGUGAAUUGGACAGGAUAAAAGGUACUAAACAAGAGAGUACUUUUCAAAAACAAUGUACACAGGCAGAAGUGGAAAAGUACAAGGAGCUGUAUCUGAAGGAAGUGAAUAUUAGCAAAUGGCAAGCAAAGGAACUGGAAAGAGCUAAUGAGAGACUUGAAGAAGCCAAUGCUAAGCUCCUCCGGGAGCGCCAUAAAAGCAAAUCGUUAAUCACGAGCAGCAUUGUCAGCGGAGGUCUGGCUGCAACUCCAGUUCUGUAUUCAACUGCACUCGGAUAUCCUGCAAACAGUUUAGGACUGGACAGAAGUCUUACUCUAGGGGGAAGCUUCCUAAGCCAAUGUGAGAUGAUCUUAUCAUCAAGAAAGAGACUUGCAGCUUUUGUGGCCAAGGCACAACAGGAACUGGAUGAAAAAAUCACUAAGGAACUGAAAGAAGCCACUGCUGAACUUGAAACUGGACAUGCUGGAUCUUCUAAAAACCUUCAUGUGGACCAGGACCCCCUUUGCAGAGCAAUAGAGGAGUACCGUGAUGUUUUAACCAAAAAUUACAUGAUUUGAAUGAAAUGCUGUGGAAAGACUCUGAACAUUUUUUGCUUUUGUAGAAAGCACAUCUAUGGUUUCCCUCUCCCCAGUUCAGAUGUAAAAAGUUGUUCAUUGCAGUCUGAAUAUAAACUUAAGUCUAUUAAAUGUCUGUCAAGCACAGUGCACUCAUCUGUUGGGUUUUUUCUGUAUAACUGGCUUCUUUUGCACUCACAGUAAGAACCACAUCUGUUUCUUCUGACCAGCAGAUUGACUGGUCUGGAUUCUUGAGCUUGACAAAACUGUCAGAAAUGUUUCCUCUUACAGCGACUUCACUAUGUUGCAUCACUCAUGUUCUAUGUUUGAACAAAAGUUAAACCAAAGUUUCCAUUU